GGAAAGUGUCUUGUUUGUCAUUUAGACGUUUCAAUAGGUUUUUUGCAGUAUAGAAGAUACAAUGAAAGAGUCAUCAAUCUUUGUUAUCCUCUUUUAACAAGUAACACUAGCUAUUUACCAAGGACUAGGGGAAAAAGAACAUUUCAGUAGCACACAGUGUAUUUCAUUCGGCCACUGUAAAUUUAUGCGGCUGUUUCACUCAGACUUACCCCUCUCUUUUUUCCCUUUUCCUUUAUGUCCAAAUGUCUAAUCAGCGAACAUUAACAACUACUUUAAAUACAGUGCUUAGACAGUUGAAAGAAAAUCCUCUUAAUUGGGCACUCUUGGCGAUGCUUGCCUAUCUUCUUCGUGCUUACACUACAAGUGGCAAGCCAAAAAUUGAAGAAGCUAAACAUCCAGAAGUACUCGUCUUUAAAAACUAUACACCUAUAGAGCUUCUACCUUUUAAUGGUUUAGGCAAGGAUGGACGUAUAUUGAUGGCGGUGAAUGGGUCUAUUUAUGAUGUAUCCAGAGGAAGAAAUUUCUAUGGACCAGGCAUGUGUGGACCCUAUGCUAAUUUUGCAGGACGUGACGCUUCCCGUGGAUUAGCAAAGAAUUCUUUUGACUUGGAUAUGUUGACUGACCCAAAUGAAGCAAUUGAUAAACUAGAGGAUUUAAGUGCAGAUGAGUGGGAAUCUUUAAGAGAAUGGGAGCAACACUUUGCUUCAAAGUAUCUUUUAGUAGGCAAAUUAGUGGAAAACCAUCAAUAAAGAUAAAUAUUUUGAUCAUUUGAUUGUCAAGUAACUGUGUCAACAAAAUAAUUAGGGGGGUUCACAUUACUUUUUUAUAAAUGC